CCAUCGCGGCGAGGGCGCAGACGCGGCUCAUAUAGAUUUUCCCCUUGGUACCUUCGUGUAUGUAGUACCGAUAAAGUUUGGGGUGUUGACGAUGGAACGAAGGGGGUAGCGUGCGUUCCACGCGCAGCGUUCACGGAAGGGAAAGGAACUGCGCACACCCAGAGGUGGUAGAAUAGGAGAACGGUAAAAGGAGGUAGAGGAAGAGGAGGUAAAAGAGGUGGUGCCCGACCAAAAGGAUUUGGACAUGUGACCGAGGGUGGGUGCAUCAUCGAGGUGCAUCUUCGUGGUGCACUGCUACUGAUAUUUCACCCAGAAAACACGUGGUACCGUUCUCCAGUAUGUUUCUCAACUGCAUUUCUGAAUGGACAGUAUGAGUGGAACGGAAAAUAGCGCAUGGAAUCAUAGAGAUAUCAAGAAGGAAACGUGCGGCAUGGGUCUGCCGCGUUUGUCUCUGAGGGGAUCCUUUUUCUACGUGCUAUGCCUCUCCGGUUUGUUAUUGGUUAUCCUGAAUCUAUUGCAAGACGAAAUAUGGCAUCGUAUGCGACCUCAUCCUGGACAAACUCAAUCUGUCCGAGUCUCCGACAACACGAAGAUCAAACGAAAUUGGCCUUCGAAAUUGGAGAAACCGACGAUGCAGGUAUUGCAGACUCGGGAAAAAACAAGGAAAAAGCUUCUGUUCGAGGUUGCCAAUUUAACCGGUGUAACGACUCUGUCACGGAACGCUAUAGACGCUUUAGAUCCAUCGAGGAGACCUUGGUACAUGAAAGGAGGAAUCAGAAGACCUUACCCUGCUCUGAAGUCAAAUCGCACUGGGCGAAGAUUAGCUCGACUCUGGCCAGAAGAAGAUGCUUACGAUGACCGUGUCACGAAUCAGUUGAUGUUCGUGCCACACAAUUACAAUAAAACAGAGCACUCGUUGAAGAAAAUAAUGGUCCCGCAUGGCAUGCCCGAGGCUAAAGUUGGCCCUGACAUAUUUCUUCGACAUCAUUGUCCGGUAAACACCUGUACAAUUGUUAGGGAAGAUCCGGCCGAUGCCGACCUAAUCCUUUUCAAGGAUUACGUAACACACGUGGGAAGAAGAUCCCCGAAACAAGUGUGGAUGCUGUAUUUUUUAGAGUGUCCUUAUCACACGCAAAGCGUGAAGAACGCUGUCAUCAAUUGGACGGCAACUUAUCGUCGUGACAGCGACAUAGUUGCGCCCUACGAAAGGUGGCAGUAUUACGACCCUAGCAUUACGCAAAUAAUGCAAACGUUUAAUUACGCAGCGAACAAAACUAAAAAGGUAGCUUGGUUCGUUUCUAAUUGCCACCCUCGAAAUCAGCGUAUGCUAUACGCUAAGGAACUAUCAAAGCACAUUCAAGUGGACAUUUAUGGGACUUGCGGUACUUUGAGAUGUCCUCGUUCGCAAUCUCAAGCUUGCUUUGAUAUGCUCGACGACGACUAUAAGUUCUACCUCGCUUUCGAGAACUCGAAUUGUAAGGAUUAUAUCACGGAAAAAUUCUUCGUGAACGGCCUCGGACACAAUGUUCUGCCUAUUGUGAUGGGCGCGCAUCCAGCGGACUACGCCCGUAGCGCGCCUUAUCGUUCGUACAUCCACGUGGACGAAUUCGAGUCGCCGAAGGAGCUGGCCGAUUACCUGCACCGUUUGGACCGGGACGACGAGCUGUACAACUCGUACUUCCGAUGGAAAGGCACCGGCGAGUUCAUCAACACAUACUUUUGGUGUCGAGUUUGCGCGAUGCUGCACGACGAUCGGCCGCCAAAAUCCUACAAAGACGUGAACCAAUGGUGGAGAGGUGGCGAUAUCUGCACGACGAGCUCGUGGCGCGAACACGACCUGGUUCGCGCGGGGAACUUGAAGACCACUUGAAAACGUCCUUGCUCGUGGUACUUACACUCAAAUUCUGUAAAAUGACGAGGCUCGUUUCGAUCGAUCGCGCACUCGUCGUCGCCCGGACUUCCACACGGAACGGAUCAGAUCUCUGAUGCAGACGUCACGUUCCCUAAAAUCUCAAUCGUCGACGGGGAUUCCCGCGCCUCGCUCGCCGACGUGUGAAGAGAAACGACGAAGCGUGGCCCGUUGAAUCGUUGAGAAAAGACUGCCUGAAUUUCACGAGAGACAAGAGGAUUUGUACUUUUUUCGAUGAACAACGUGGACUUUUACACAUCAAUCUAGUAAUUAAUUCGCUAACUUUAGGCGAUCCUUGUCACGCAUCUUUUUUAUGGCGAUUGUGAACUGCUGUUCCGCGAAUGUGAUAGGAAUUUAAUGGUAUCGUUCAGUUGCUCGAUUAACGUGUAUCGUAUGUUUGAGAAAUUAGAUGUUCGUUUUUUUCCUCUUUCGUUUGAACGUUAACGAUCGUUCGGGUUUCUCGUUUAGACGUACAAAUCACAUUGGUGCUGAUGUAUUUUAAUCGUUGUUCGUCGUAGACGGCUACGCACAGUGCAAUUAGUUUCCGCGUAUCACUUCACACGGAUUUAUACGAUGUUCCUUUCGGGUCAGGUUUUAUCGGACCCUCUCGCGUAUUAAUGGCCCAGUAUUCGAAUCGAAAGUGUCCAAUGCGUUCAUUUCGUGAAACGCGUUGCUGCGACUGUGACGUUUCGUAGAAUCGAUGGUUUUACGAAGCAACCAUAAGCAUUCGGCAAAUUGAUUUUACCGUUUAGUUUUACCCAUUGUGUAAAUGUCGUUUAACAUUUGGCUAUAUCGUCACACCUUGACCACAGUUGAACGAGUUACAUUCGCACGGAAAAAUUAGUCGAUUGAAUUCGUCUGCGAAUUUGGAAUCGUACAUUGUGCAUCAUGUACUUGGAAAUGAAAUGUGAUUUCGGUUCCAUUUUUGUCAGUCGAAACAGGAGAAGAUCGCAACGGAUCAUUUCCUUUCGAAUUUCUUUUAGGUGUAAUAUAAUUGCGUACUAUAAUGAAUUAAUGUUGUCAAUUGGUACACACGAUACGAUUGGUACAUACGAUAUUUUUCAAUUCAAAGUGGGACAAAGAGGAAACGCAGAUACUGAAUAAUAACAUAAAAAAAUCGAAUGUAUACAUAUGAUUGUAGCUUUAAAUGUUCCUGGAACACCAAAGAUGUGAACCUGUAAAGUUUCUGUUCGUCCAGUAUUUAGAUACGUAUUCAUUGUAUAUGUAAUCACCGUGUUCAAUGAAUAUCUCUCGGUUUUUAGAUAAACUGCUCAUGUGGGUUCGAAUUCAGGGGGCACUCACUUUAUUUCCGUUUAACGUCAGUUACGCGAACUGUGCAUGUAUAGACUCGGAAUCGUAAACUACACUGUAUAGAACGUAUAGAAAUAAUUUUUUCUACUGUUUCCAUGACUUUUGAUACGCGAAAAAUAUGAUAUUUACAAGGGGAAGAGUGUUCGAAGCUAUGCCACGUACCGUUUACCAAAAAUUUUUAUUUCAGGCAUGGAGUAUUUAUAACUAUUAUUUUAUUGUUAUCGAAUAACAUCGGAUACUCCGGUUUUUUAAAUUUGAUAUUUUUCAUCGACGUUGAAGCUGGAAAAUGCUGAACAGAAAUAAAAAUCGUAUUUUUCGUAUGAUGAGUUCAAAAGGAAGAAAGAAGUUGAGUAAUUUUUAAAAAUCCAAUACUGAGAACAGAAAAUUAUUCACAAAGUAAAAUUCUUACCUCGGAGGAAUGAAGUCAAUUUUCGGAAAUUCUAUUUUUGGCAUAACGAAACACUUCUCGAUACCAAACAGAUUUUACAAUUGCGAGAAGAAUUGUUUUACGCCGUUCGAAAGAAUGGAAACAUUCCAGAUGAACAAAUUACUGUCUCAUACACUGAACCGUAUUUAUAUUUACACGAUGGUUUCGAAACGGAUUAAAUUGAGGAACUCUGUAAGUUGUCCGUAGACUAAGACCUUCAGAAUGUGAUGUCUACAAUUACUAAUAUAUUGAAAUCAAUGUACAAUGAUAGGGUAAUCGUUUCUGUGAAUAUUAUUGAGCUUUAAGUACAGCUGUAUAGUGGCCGAAGUUUUAAAGUUUUAAGAUUAUUCGCGAUGAAUGGAAUUGACAAAUGUACAAAAUGUAACGAAAUGCUCGUGCAUAAAUGAGAAUUGUUUAUUGUUCAUAUAGUACUUUAGAAUUCAUUAUCCCUUCAGGUUUGAACCUACAUGCGUAUGUUUCGAAUACCAUCGAUCAGCGUUCGGUAAACGUAUCUUCCCGAACUUUCUUUGAGGAUAAUAUUUACUUUUUUGUUUCCCUUCGAUCAUACCCAUCGGAUUGCGGGGAGACAGUAGAGUAUUCAAACUCUUUAUGUUAUUAUUCAUAUAUUCACGAGUGAACCUUUAUUGUGUUUUCAGAUGCAAAUGUUAUGAACGCAUAAAAGUUCGGUCGGUUGACGACCACUGCCACAGACAAUGAAUUUUCAUGGUUACGUCGGUGUGUACUCGAUACGUUGUAAAUGUACAGUUGUUGUUUGUAAAAUAUGUCGUCACGUACGUGAAAUUUUUACGAGAUCUAGUCGAAUGUGUAUUCUUCGUCGGAGAAUGUCUCCUCGAAUUUCUUUCAUCGCUACAUACGCAGCGAGUACCUGUUCAAAUGAUUCCUAGUACAACUUACUUUGGAUUAUAUUAAUAUAACCAGAGCAAUUUGCGUUAUUAUUUAAUUAUAUCGCCAUCCGAAUAACGAUCGAACAAUAUUCGCUAUUGUUCGUUUUAAGUUCGCGCGGAAUUGUUUGAAGUAUAUCUUCUUGCGAAUUUUAUUUGUCAUAAGAUUACGAUGAGUUACAAAACAGAGGACCUUUUUUAUAUAUUUUGUUGUAAUUCUUGUUAAUUACUAGCUAUUUGGUUAGUUAGAUAAAGCAAUUGUAUUGUAACGAGCAUCAAAUGUUUUUUUUUAAUUUUUAAUAAAUUAUGUAUCGCUUAACGUAAGAAACGGUAGUGUCAGUGAGACUCAUGUUUGUGUUAGUAGUACCGUACACGAAGUUUGUACAGCAGUUGUGAAAGACAUUCUAUUUUAGACAGUAACUUGUAUGAUAAUGUUCAGCUAUCACAUUACUUUUAGGUCUACAAAAGUAAUUAUUCGUAACAUCCAUCAAAAAUUUGUUCUAAUAUUGAAUGGAAGCGAAAGACAGCAUGUGAGAGACUUUAGGAAGAGUAUAAAACCGUUUGAGUUCGACAAACAGAUCCAUUUAGAACUUUAUAGGUCAUUGUUAAAGAGAGUUAAAAAGAAUUGAUACUUCGUUUUAUAAAUAUGUUAAAUUUAUAUCACGUUCCACAAAAUAUAUUCAAGGUAACAUUCUUCGAGAUGUUUGCUCCUGCAUCAUUACAAUUAUUUAUACUUUCCAUGCUUUCUAAAGGACAUAUCUAUUAAUCGUACAAUAAAUGUGAAUCAAACAGAUUAUAUAAGGUUACGCAUUUAAUUCUGGUUUCCACAAGAACUGGAAAAAUGAAUGAAUAGUAUUUGUUGAAAUUUAUUAACACUCAUUCUUAAUUCUUCUUUAUUCAUUUGGGAACGGUAAAUACGUAGUUGUACAACUUCAAAUGAUAUUGAAAUAUAAUGUGAAAUUAAACGAGAAUGAAAUUAGGACUACUGCAAGAAGUAUACUUUUCUGGUUAGCAUAGCUGAAAUUGAGUAGCUUAAUCCCUUGACAUACGACUUAUUCACGACUAUUAAUUUAUUUGUACAUUGUGAAUGUUCUAUUAUCCUUAGAAUUCAGUUUAAAUUCUGUUAAAUCUAUAAAUAAAAAGUAUUUAAUUUUUCAUGAAUAUUUAACACACAAGGCAGCUUGGAAGUAUUAUAUUCCUUUUCAUAAUUAAUCAUAAUUAUAAUAUAAAUUGAAAUACCUCUUCUAGCAUACAAAUGUAUAUUUUUAACAGUUUUAAUAUUAAUUUCAAUAAAAUAAUAUUCAAUUUUACCGCGAAAAGAAUAAAUAAUUUUUAUUUUCAUUUAAUUUAAAUUAAAUAUUCAUUUCAUUGUUUAUUAUAACUCGUUAUCGCAUGGCAAGGGAUUGAAGGAGCUUGUAACUGUCUUAAUCCGUAGAGAUGUCAGCCAGACAAGUAACCAAGACCAGAAGUAGUGUAAAAACCUUGCACACGUGAAACGCACGCAUGAGAGCUAUAAUCGUGUUACUUCAUUGUGGAUGUUGUCACGGCUUUCAAUCUGUUCCUAUUAUAAUGUCCAUCAUUCAGAAUACGCACAAGCAAGCUAGGUAUUUACAUAGACAAUUAAUUGACUGAUUGAUUAUUUCGAUGAAAUCAAACGAUCAGGCACACAAUCAGGGAAUAUGCGGCAAUCAAACCGAUUCCUCCGUAUUUUUCCCCGUGUCAACAACACCUGUAUGUACAUAUUAUAAUAUACUUACGUGCAUCUGAAAAUAUUUUUCCUUAAACCGAAGUUUGUUGACAUGAAUUCGAAGUUUUCGGUUGAUGUAAAUCUAAGCAAUAUGUUAUAUCAAAGAACAAUGUAACCUAUAGGCGAGAGUUAUAUGCGAAGGAGUAUAUGUAGCAGUACAAUCUCACGAUAUACUAUUUUAAGAAUUUCUUUUCAAUCGUUUUACAGCGAAUAUUAUUUUUAAAAGCAUACCAGAAGCAACGAUAAUCGAACAUUUCUCGAAACUAUCUAUUUGUGUGUUCAUAUUUCUUAUUUAUUGACGUAAAUGUGAAUUAUAGUUAUUUUCUAUUCACGCGACAGGACUGCGUUAAUGUUUAUUAUUAAUAUUGUUACGUUGAAUGAAAAGUAAUGCUUCGAAUCGACUGAGCAGAGGAUUAAUUGAAUUUCACGAACGAACAUUGCUAUUUCAUUAAUCGGAAUAACGAUCACGAACAAUCUGGAUGCCACAGCAUGUAAUUUCGAUUAGUUCGUUAUUAACUGUUGGUGCUGAUUGUGCUAACUGGUGCUGGUAUACACUCUGUAAAUUGAUUGUCAGUCAACACUAUUUGUUUCCAGUGGAAGGUGUUAAUUGAUAAUACUAUAAAAAUCGUACGUGAACGUUACAAUGCUUAAAAAGGAAAAUGCAAAUGUUGUUCUGCUUUUUCGAUUUUCGUUUCGAGUAAUAUUUUCAUUCACUGGUAGAUAUCACGGUAAAUUAGUGUAUUUAGACAUGAGAAUGACGAUAUCAAGAUACGAGAGAAAUCAUUAACGCCAUUGUUAUUACAAGAUUAGAGGGAAGGAAGAAAAAUAAUAUUGUAACUAUGGAAAUAAGUAAAUUUCUCAUUUUCCUUGCGGUGUACUGUGAUGUUAUGAACUGUGCUGUUUGCGAAGUGUGUAAAAAGUUGAAGGCCCACUUCGCAUUCCCCGCGUAACGGGACAUUGAAAAGCUCAAGAAAAAUGCAAUAAAAUUUAGACGCAUUCUUAAAUUAUUGUAAAUUAACACGCUUUCUUCUUGUGUUCGGAUUUGUUUGUUCCCAAUGCAAUUUAUAAUUUAUUUGUUUCUAUUCAAUUCGAAUGAUACAUGCUAUCACUAAAUCGUAUUUGAUCACUUGUGGUAAUUAUAAUAGUAAUACAAUGGUAAUUAGAUAAUUACAAUGGUAAUUAGAUAUCAAAAGAAAAUAAUUUAGUCAAUCUAAUAAUUUAUUAAAUAAGCAAAGCUCAUUGUAUACCGAACGAGUGAUCAAAUAUUUUUUUUAUAUUAGUGCAUAUAUGUAUUAUACUGACUUUAGGUGAACGUGAAUAUUUAAUUUCAUAAAGCAACGUAUUGUUCAUUAAUAUGUUCUAAGAAAUAUUCCAACGUGUUCUGUUCAGAUUCAUUUCUGAGGUGAUUGUAUGUUGUGAAACUAGAUAGCACUAUAAUUUGUAAAUAAUAACUUGUACGAUUAUUAUCGGAAAUUCUGUAUAAAGAAAUUCAAUCGUAUAUUGUAAUAACGUAUUAACAUUUGAGAUUUACAGAUGAAGUUGCACAGUGUGUUGGAAAACAUAAAAUUAUUUAUUUCGCUCCACUGGACCAUAGUUGUGAUAAAAUGGAAAUAUUACGCGGUUGUAUCAAAUUGUUAUUCUACACUCGAUUCGUUGUAUUUACCUUUACAAAUGGUACAUUACUUUACAUCUCACACGUAUUGAAUUUCUUGAAUAAAAAUUUAUUUGUGCAGUCAAUUGGCCUUUAAUUAUAUAUACAUUUAAUUUAAGUUUCUAAUUGCCGUCCUUCUAAUUAUUUUAUUCUUCAUAAGACGCCGGAAAUUUAGCUCUUCCAAUGAAAACAUAAAUUGUGAUACAGUUUCUCAAAGAUAUCUCUUGAGUUUCUUCAUUUAUGUAUGUGAUAAUAUAAUAUUAAACGCAUGCCAAGCUUUCUUACGAAUCAUUUUAUAAUAUUUGUGAAACAAUCAAAUAUUUUAAUUUUAUUAGAAAUUCAUACGGUGGUUUUACCGGUUUCUUAAUUUUCAUUUGUGACAUUUAUUUCACAAAGAGAAAUAAGAAAAGUGUGCCCCUAAUCAAAAGAAAAUUGAUGAAAUGCAGUAUAGAAAGAUUGGCAUGAAAUUUCAUUAAAAUAGCUGUUUGAAAAGAAUGUAUUAUACGAUUCCAAUUAUUAGUUUAAGCAAGCAGAUGAAUAUGUUGAUGAGAAAAUUAAAAUAAUUCACAAUA